GCGGGGAGGCGCGCGUGGGGUCGGACGGCGCGGCGCCGGCCGCUGCGAGCGCCGCUGAGCGCACUCACCUUCGGUCGCGCAACUUCGGAGCCGGGGAGCGCUCGGAGCCCCGGGGCAGAGGGGGCGCGUCGGAGCCCGGCUCGAGAGCGGGCGCCGGGCACCCAUCGCGCUGCCAGCGCCGGGCGGCCCCUGUGCAGCGUGGCUGCCGCUGCCCCCACGGAGGGCACGGGCUGGCGCGGCCGGGCGCCGGGGAGGACGGCGAGGCGGCGGCGGCGGCGGCGGCGACGGCGGCGGCGAGGCUGGGGCCAGGGAGAGGGCCCCGGGGGAGAGGCGCCCGAGCCGGGCCGCGGGAGCAUGUGGGCCCGGAGCGGAGCGCGGGGCGCGCUGCUGCUGGCGCUGCUGCUCUGCUGGGACCCGAGGCUGAGCCAAGCAGGCACUGACUCGGGCAGCGAAGUGCUCCCCGAUUCCUUCCCGUCGGCACCCGCAGAGCCGCUGCCCCACUUUCUCCAGGAGCCGCAGGACGCCUACAUCGUGAAGAACAAGCCGGUGGAGCUGCGCUGCCGCGCCUUCCCCGCCACACAGAUCUACUUCAAGUGCAACGGCGAGUGGGUCAGCCAGAGCGACCAUGUCACACAGGAGGGGCUGGACGUGGCCACCGGCCUGCGGGUACGAGAGGUCCAGAUCGAGGUGUCACGGCAGCAGGUGGAGGAGCUGUUUGGGCUGGAGGAUUACUGGUGCCAGUGCGUGGCCUGGAGCUCCGCGGGCACCACCAAGAGUCGCCGGGCCUAUGUCCGCAUCGCAUACCUGCGCAAGAACUUUGAUCAGGAGCCGCUGGGCAAGGAAGUGCCCCUGGACCACGAGGUGCUCCUGCAGUGCCGCCCGCCAGAGGGCGUGCCUGUGGCCGAGGUGGAAUGGCUGAAGAACGAGGAUGUCAUCGACCCCACCCAGGACACCAACUUCCUGCUCACCAUCGACCACAACCUCAUCAUCCGCCAGGCGCGCCUGUCGGAUACGGCCAACUACACCUGUGUGGCCAAGAACAUCGUGGCCAAGCGCCGCAGCACCACUGCCACCGUCGUGGUCUACGUGAAUGGCGGCUGGUCCAGCUGGGCAGAGUGGUCACCCUGCUCCAACCGCUGUGGCCGUGGCUGGCAGAAGCGCACGCGGACCUGCACCAACCCUGCCCCACUCAAUGGAGGCGCCUUCUGCGAGGGCCAGGCCUUCCAAAAGACCGCCUGCACCACUGUGUGCCCGGUCGACGGAGCGUGGACCGAGUGGAGCAAGUGGUCGGCCUGUAGCACCGAGUGUGCCCACUGGCGCAGCCGUGAGUGCAUGGCGCCCCCGCCCCAGAACGGAGGCCGGGACUGCAGCGGCACUCUGCUGGACUCCAAGAACUGCACGGACGGGCUGUGCAUGCAAAAUAAGAAAACUCUAAGUGACCCCCAAAACCACCUCCUGGAGACUUCAGGGGACGUGGCGCUGUAUGCGGGCCUUGUGGUGUCCAUCUUCGUGGUCCUGGCCGUCCUCAUGGUGGUGGGGGUAGUCGUGUACCGCCGCAACUGCCGCGACUUCGAUACCGACAUCACCGACUCGUCUGCCGCCCUCACUGGCGGCUUCCACCCGGUCAACUUCAAGACUGUGAGGCCCAACAACCCGCAGCUCCUGCAGCCAUCUGUGCCUCCGGACCUCACGGCCAGUGCUGGCAUCUACCGCGGGCCCGUGUACGCCCUGCAGGACUCGGCCGACAAGAUCCCCAUGACCAACUCGCCCCUGCUGGACCCCUUGCCCAGCCUCAAGAUCAAGGUCUACAGCUCCAACACCACCGGCUCCGGGCCAGGCCUGCCAGAGGGGGCUGACCUGCUGGGGGUCUUGCCACCUGGCACGUACCCUGGUGAAAUCGCCACGGACGCCCACUUCCUGCACCUGCACAGCGCCAGCCUCGGCUCCCAGCAGCUCCUGGGCCUGCCCCGUGACCCAGGGAGCAGUGUCAGCGGCACCUUUGGCUGCCUGGGUGGGAGGCUCAGCAUCCCCGGCACAGGGGUCAGCCUGCUGGUGCCCAAUGGAGCCAUCCCCCAGGGCAAGUUCUACGAGAUGUACCUCCUCAUCAACAGGGCAGAAAACACCCUCCCGCUUUCAGAAGGGACCCAGACAGUAUUGAGCCCCUCGGUGACCUGCGGGCCCACUGGCCUCCUGCUGUGCCGCCCCGUCAUCCUCACCGUGCCUCACUGUGCCGAAGUCAGUGCUGGCGACUGGAUCUUCCAGCUCAAGACCCAAGCCCACCAGGGCCAGUGGGAGGAGGUGGUGACCCUGGAAGAGGAGACCCUGAACACCCCCUGCUACUGCCAGCUGGAGGCCAGGUCCUGCCACAUCCUGUUGGACCAGCUGGGCACCUAUGUGUUCACGGGGGAGUCCUAUUCCCACUCGGCAGUCAAGCGGCUGCAGCUGGCCAUCUUCGCCCCUGCCCUCUGCACCUCCCUGGAAUACAGCCUCAGGAUCUACUGCCUGGAGGACACGCCCGUAGCACUGAAGGAGGUGCUGGAGCUGGAGCGGACCCUGGGCGGCUACCUAGUGGAGGAGCCGAAACCCCUGCUGUUUAAGGACAGUUACCAUAACCUGCGCCUGUCCCUCCACGACAUCCCCCAUGCCCACUGGAGGAGCAAGCUGCUGGCCAAGUACCAGGAGAUCCCCUUCUGUCACAUUUGGAGUGGCAGCCAGAAGGCCCUGCACUGCACCUUCACCCUGGAGAGGCACAGCCUGGCCUCCACGGAGUUCACCUGCAAGCUCUGCGUGCGGCAGGUGGAAGGGGAGGGCCGGAUACUCCAGCUGCACACCACGCUGGCGGAGACACCUGCUGGCUCCCUGGACGCCCUCUGCUCUGCCCCUGGCAGCACGGUCACCACCCAGCUGGGACCCUAUGCCUUCAAGAUCCCGCUGUCCAUCCGCCAGAAGAUAUGCAACAGCCUGGACGCCCCCAACUCACGGGGCAAUGACUGGCGGCUCUUGGCACAGAAGCUCUCCAUGGACCGGUACCUGAACUACUUUGCCACCAAAGCGAGCCCCACGGGUGUGAUCCUGGACCUCUGGGAAGCUCUGCAGCAGGACGACGGGGACCUCAACAGCCUGGCGAGUGCCUUGGAGGAGAUGGGCAAGAGUGAGAUGCUGGUGGCCAUGGCCACCGACGGGGACUGCUGAGCUGCCCCAGAACUGCGGGCUGGUAGGGACUGGCAGGAGGUGGGCAGCCCCUCGGGGGGCAGUGAGGCCUCCACUGCCCCCCAGCUCACAGCCGGAGUCACCUCUACUCCUCCCCUUGUCACUCCCCCAGACCACGACCAGCCUUAGGAAAUCCACGUACUGUGCCAGGAGGACCCGGGCUCCCUCUGCAUCCCCUGCUGUCGCUCCUGACCUCAGACCUCCAUGCGGGACCCGGGGUGGGGCUGAGGCCUCUGGAGGCAGCUAGGGGAACAAGGAGGGGGCCCUCCCUCCACCCCCGGCCCCGGAUCUCUGGGUUACAUUUUAGUUGCGCUCUUCAUUUUCUUCCUCAGUUCUUGAUUCUCCCUCCUCCCUAAGCCCCCUUCUCCUUUCACACCAUUUUCCUCCUUGAAGAGUCAAGUACAAUUCAGACAAACUGCUUUCUCCUGUCCAAAAGCAAAAAGGAAAAGGAAAGAAAGAAAGAAAGCUUCAACUGCUAGUAAGGCUCAAAGAAGAAGAAAAACACCAAAACCACAAGGGAAAAGAAAAACCCAGUUUCUUAGGAAACGCAAAUGAUUUAUUAUCCAGAUAUUUGGAUAAGUCCUUUUUAAGAAAAAAAAAAGAAAAUGAAAAACAACACAAAAAAUAGGAAACUCUUUUCUUGAGUGUGGCUGAGUGUGGGCGUGCUCAUGGUUCUGGCCAGGCGAGUGUGAGUGUGAAUGUGUGUGAGUGUGAGAGAAUCGGGGAGAGAGAGCUUGCACAGGGAGCAAUUUGCUGCUAGUGAUUCCCUCUUAGACUACAUUCUUACAAGGCCUCAGUUUCCCCAGUUGUACAGGCUUGGAUGGGGUUCUGCCGUGGUACCGUGUUUCCCUCUGAAAUCUUAAGCAGAUACUGAAUCCUUAAAGCCAAGGAGCCCUGAGGUCUGGAGUGGGGCGGGGUCCUCCCUCCUUCUCACAGCCCCAGGCAGACGCCCCACAGGCGCCUCUGGGCUCCUGGGAAUCCAGAUGGCCCCAGGAUGGAGACUGUGGCGGGCCAGGCCAGUGGUGAGCCAGGGAGAAGGUUUUCAGUGCUGUGGUCUGGUGGCUCCUGGAGAGGGGCCGUGGCCCGAAAGUGGGGCCCUGGCAGAGAAAGAAGUGGGGGAUGAGAGUCCCCCAUGGCCACCUCUCUCCUUCACCCCCAGGGUGGGGCCAGCCAGGACACCCCCCACCCAGCAGCCUCUAGACCAGGAGGACUGGAGUAGGAUGGCAUUCUCUUAAUGCCCAGGAACCCAGGAUCCGCCAUUCCCCGGCCUCAGUUUCUCCUUCUGUGAAACAGAAGGGAUGGAUAAGAGGGCCUCCCCAGCUGCAGAAGUCUGCACUUCUGGGCCUCGGUAUGGCUCUGAGGAUUCUGUUAGCAGGCAGCCCUGUGGCGGGGGAGGCUAGGAGGUGGGUGGCCGUCCUGCUCUCCACGCCUGCCAGUGGAGAAGGCAGGGUGGAGGGUGACUUUCCUCGCUCCGAUCUCCACAGGCACCUCCCUUCCGUCCUCCUCUGCAGUCCGGGAGAUCUUGAAGUAAGCUUUGAACAGGCAGGGUUGCCAGAGCAGUGGGGGCUGCCACCCCCUCACCAGCCUCUUCCAGCAUGUUCCAAAGGGGCCAUCGGGGUCUCUUUUCGGCUGGCUGGCGAUGGCUGGGACCCACAUCUUGCAGCUGGUACAGAGGCCUCAUCAAAGGCCUCUCCUCCUUGGCACCCAGGGCGAAGCAGGUACCAGCCCCCCCGACAGCUCUGGGCACUGACCCCAGGGCUUGCCUCAGUAGGUCCAUGUGCAGCCGCUGGGACUAGCCCAGGUGUAUCCUGGCCCUUGAAAGUCUGAUCUCCUGGGAGUACAGCAGGUUUGGGGCUGCGGUCCCAGCCAGCAUCCCCAGCCUGGCUUCCCUGCCAUGGACUUGUGGGCUUAUGGGGGUCUUCACCACCCAGCAGCCUCCUCGGGAGUGGGUUGGCUGUGGGCAGACAAGGGUCUACUCCAUUUGAGAGGAAAUUCCUUCUAUCAGGGCUGCUCAAGGGGCCAGCUGCAUCUGGAGCUGGACCCCCAAGGCCGAGACCACAGCUCUUUACCCCAGUGCCUGUGUGGAUGUUGCCUCAAAGGCAGCGAGCCUUCCCUGCCUAAGCUGCCCGUCCGCUGUGGGCUUAGCCUCUCUGGUCAUUGCUAGCCCAAGCCGUGUGGGCCUGUGUGAUGGCCUGGCCUUGAGGGCAGCCUAACCAGGGCUGCAAGGGGCUUUACUGGUGCCAUUCCCAGUGCAGACUCUCAAAUGCCCACAGGCAGCCUGGAGUCCAAAGACCAGCACUCAAGCUCCAGCUUUGCCAUUAAACUGCUGUGUGACCUCGGGCAUAUGACUACCUUCUCUGGGCCUCAUUUCCUUUUUAUACCUUGAAGGCCCAGCAACUGCUGUCUGAGGCCCUUUGGGUUCUGACACUGUCAUUCUUGGCUUCUGAUGGGAAUCCUAGUGGGUAGGAGCUGACCGGGAGCUCUUGGUGGGUGGGGCCAGGCCAGCCACCCGGUACCAUUUCUAAUCUGAUUCCUAGAAAUUGUGUACCAGGGCCUGGAGCGCAGACAUGAUCCACUGGAACCUCCUGGGAGAGCUUAAACCGUCCAGCUUCAUCAGACAGGCCUGGAAAGGGUCUGCUGGCUCCCUCAGCUGCCGAGGCUGCUGCAGCUCCGGCCCACACUGCUGCCUCGGGUGGCACGGAGGUCUCUCCUCUUGAUCAGGCCUGAGAAGCAGCCCCAGGGGCCAGUACUCUGAGAGCCGCAGGUCAGGGCGCCCGCACAGCUGUUCCUGUCUCUCUCAUCUCUGGGGUGUGCUUGCACGUGUGCGUGUGUGUGCUUUUAUCCUCGGGCACAUCAGGGUGCCCCUCCAGGAACGUGUCCCCACCUGUGAGCGAGCGAGUGCCCUCCUUGCAUCCCCAGCUGGGACGUCUGGAGCUGGCGUGCCUGUGUUUGCCCUCUGAGUCCACAGGGUCAGUCGGUGUAUCUUCUACGUGCCUCUCCCUCUGCCUUCUCUGCCCUCUCAAGGGCGUGGGGGGCCCUCCCCAUCUCCUGGACGACCCAGGGCGCUCUGGUCCCCUUCCCCUAGCAACCAGGCCGCUGAGCUAGGUCCCUCAGCAGGCCUUCUGAGGGAGGUGACCAGGAGCCUGGGUGCAGGGAGCAGCUCUCCUGGGGGCAAAGGGCUGGACCCCCCGGCCGGGCUGCAGACAUGCUUGUAUAUCCCCGGAUGCAGGGCUGCAGGGGUGGCCCCAAUCCCACCUCUGUCUAUUCUGUAAACUACAACCUGUAAAUGACGUUUAGCAUUCCUAUUGUAACAAAAUUAAUUUUUAUGAAAUAAAUUAUAUUUCCUAGUCUAAUAAAAAAAAAUCCAGGUUGUAAU